AUGAACCAAUACGUUAUUACUGUUGACUUUUGGUGUGAACAAAGAACCAAAGUACAUUAUGGUGGUGUAACCAUACAUACGUUUACAGAAGAACAUGGUUUUCAAGUUUUUGUUCUUGCUUGUAAACCAAAGGAUCUACCAAGUCAAUCAGAGUAUAAUAUUCGAAUAUUCACAGAUAAAAUACUUGAAUCAUAUGAUUUAGAUUUGAAAGUGACAUUUUUUAUUCGUAUUGGUUGUUCAGCACAUUUUAUCAACAAAAUUAUUGAACAUUCACUGUGCAAAAAAGAUAUUGAUUGUGAUGUUAUUCAACAAUUAUUUAAUAAUAUUCAUGAUAUCGUCGUUUACUUGAGAUCUUCUUCUAAUCAGUCGAAAUUGUCCAAAAAGUUGCAGUUGUUUUCAAAACCUCGAUGGAACAGUGCACAUGCUAUGAUUUGCAGUUUUAUUGAUGUUUUCCCCGAAUUAGCUUGUGUUAGUACUGACAAAGAUUGA